CCUUCUCUUGCCGUUACUCGCUGGGUGCUGCUGGGAAAUAACGUUAUUGCCGAGCAACCAACGGAGACCUAUCGACUGUCAAUAAUUGAAACCAGGCGGCUCCCAUAGACAAAAGGCUUUGACAGCUGUCGGGUUCUGCAACGUGAUGAUCGGUCCUACUGAUAGCAGCAGUAAAUCAGACUAGCUGUAAUAACACACACACAUCGGAGGGGACGUGCUAGCAGAAGCACAGAGCACACUCGUCGCCGGUACCCGGGGGAUGACGUAGAUGUGCCAGCAGCCAAGAAGAAAACACAAAAAUGAGCUUAACAUCUUGGUUUUUGGUGAGCAGUGGAGGCACACGCCACAGGCUGCCACGAGAAAUGAUCUUUGUUGGAAGAGAUGACUGUGAGCUAAUGUUACAGUCACGGAGUGUGGAAUAAACAACAUGCUGUGGUGCAUUAUGAUUCUGCAGCUGAUGAACACUUGGUAAAGGACUUGGGCAGUCUAAAUGGGACAUUUGUGAAUGACGUUAGGAUUCCUGAACAAACCUACAUUACUUUGAAGCUUGAGGAUAAAUUGAGAUUUGGAUAUGAUACUAACCUUUUUACUGUGGUUCGUGGGGAAAUGAGGGUACCGGAGGAGGCGCUUAAGCAUGAAAAAUUUUCAAGCCAGUUGCAGUUUUCCCCAAAACUUAGCGAUCCUGAAAGACCAAAACAUUCUAAAGUCUCAGGGAAUAAAGUACCUGAGAUGACGGCAGAGACACAUAAUAAAGCCGUGGAUGCACUGAAAGCCGAAGAUAAAACAACUGGUGACUUAUCAGUUAUGCCUCGUGGUACACCCUUAUAUGGACAGCCAGCAUGGUGGGGAGAUGAAGAUGCUGAAGAAGAAAACCCUAAUAAACAAGACGGCAAAGAAUCUGGUGCCUCUGGUUACACCAAAGAUCCCAAAAAAGAUGGAGAACAAUCUUCUAAUACAAAGGAAGAAUCACUUUAUACAUUUUGUAGAGAGCCAAGUUACUUUGAGAUUCCUACAAAAGAAUUUCCACAACAAACGGAAGUAGAAGAAACUGCUAUUCAUGAAGCCCCUACGAAGGACACACACUGUUCACAUGUUCUAGGAUCAGGUCACGCUUCAUUUACAAUUGAGUUUGAUGACAACAUGCCAGGAAAAGUAACAAUUAAGGAUCAUGUAACCAAAUUUGCUCCAGAUCGCUACAAGUCAAAAAAGCCAUCACCAUCCGGUGCUAAAGAACUUUCAGGAUUACACACAGAAAUGUUGGCUGCAGAAAGCAAAGUAGCUGAUUGGUUGGCACAAAAUAACCCCCCACGUUUAAUGCGAGAAGCAGCUGAAGAAGAUGCCAAGAGUAUUAAAAGUGAUGUCCCAGUAUACUUGAAAAGGUUAAAAGGAAACAAGCAUGAGGAUGGGACGCAAAGCGAUUAUGAAAACAGUGGGACUCAAAGGCGUUUUAACAAAAGUACCAAUCUAGAGGAACAUUUAAGGCAUAGGCAUAUAGAGCAAAAGAAGCUAGAUCAGAAAUUACAGGCAUCUGGGAAACACCAAGAAAGUACAUCAGUGCACCGAAGCAAACAUGAGGAUGGAGGUCAAAAUCAUUACGAAAAUGGUGGUGCUCAAAAACGUAUUAACAAGAGUGCAAACUUAGAUCAUCUAAGACAUACAGAACAGAAGGCAUUAGAUGAGAAAUUACAAACAGCGGAAAAACACCAAGAAACUGCAUGUCAGACAGCUUUUCUGAUAGAGUUUUUUGACGAUGAUCACCCUAGAAAGAGACGAUCAUAUUCUUUUACCCAGAAUGCUGGUGGUGUGGGCCCAGAAGCCCCAUACCCAAUCCCUCAAUCAAGGCUUGAAAAAGUGAAAGGUGUUUCUGGUGAUCCUAAAGGACUACAAUCUGGUUCAUCAUCUCAUAGGAUAUUACAUAGCACACAGCAUGCAAAACUGUUACUGAAACAGAAGUCAGAAGAACCUUGUGCCACAUUGCUUUUUUCACAAAACGUUCUAUUAAGAAGCUCUGGAAGUCUUGGUCAUCGGCCAAACCAAAGGCGAAUGAUGGCUGAGGACAUGGGUGUACCGUCUUACUCUGGUAGGAACGGGGAAGGUGACCAGAGAGGAGAAGGGGCUUAUACUAUUGAUGUGGACCAUUCAAAUACUGAAGAAGCUGAGAAAAGAAAAAUAAUUGAAAAGGAGGGUAAUGCUUCUUCUGGAGGUACACGAUGGGUAUCACAAUGGGCAAGUUUAGCCUCCAAUCACAUAGGACAUGAUCAGGAAAAGGAGAGACCUGAAUCUGAUGGAAUUGCUGCAGUUGAAAAUGAUCCAGACAUUAGUGAAUCGGGAAUGUCAGUCAGAAGUAGUAGCUCAACUACAUCUGUAACUAGCCAGAAUGAUCGUAAAAGGAGAACUUUACCACAGGUUCCUAAAGAAGAAGCCAACCCAGAAGCUUCCAGAUAUAAAGCUUCCCAUCAAAGAUCAUGUGUUGGAGAAAAACAAGAUACAGAAUUACAGGAGAAAGAAGCAUCUAAUGGUGUAUCUGUAAAUGAAAAGUCAUAUGUUUUAGAUGCCAAAGGAGCUACAAAAACAGGAAAAUCUGUGACUUGUAAUUCUUUGAAAGUAGAAGGUGAUGCUACGGGCUAUUCCCAUUUAAGCAGUUAUGACAUUUCAGCAAAAGGUAAAGAAGAUGUAUUUUUGUCAAGCUCUAAAAAACAAGUGGUAUCUAAAAGUUCACAACAUGAUCAGAAAGAAAAAAGUCAAUGGACUUCUGGAAAAUCCUCCUCCUCCUCAAAGCAAAUGCCUGUUCAGCCUAAUAAAACUAAAGAUGAUUCACCAAAGUCACAUAAAUCUUCAGAAAACAUGUCUAAUCAUAAAACAAAUAAAGAAGAUGUCAAGGGAAAAAGUGGGGAUACUAGUAAAAAGGAAUCUGCAAAACCGCUAGUGAGACAAGGAAGCUUCACAAUAGACAAACCAAGUAUGAAUGUUCCAUUAGAACUUAUUCCACGCAUUAAUAAGCAGACAGUAUCAUCUCCCACCUUUGCCUUUACUUCUGCAAAUAAAAUAAGAGAACGAAGUGACUCGGCGGAUACUGAUUCUAGCAUGGAUACUACUUUGCUUUUGAAAGACACUGAAGCCGUCAUGGCUUUUCUUGAAGCCAAGCUUCGAGAUGAAAGCAAAACUGACGAAGGUCCUGAAACACCCAGCUACACACAAGAAAAUUCUAUAUCCCCUGAAUCAGAUGUUGAUACAGCUAGUACCAUUAGCCUUGUUACUGGAGAUGCAGAAAGAAAGUGUACCCAGAAACGAAAGAACUAUAACAGUCUUUACAAAGAGAAAUCAUCAACUAGUUCACCAUCAAAAGAUCUACCAAAAACAUCAACACCCAUCAAUAGGGAAAAACUUGAAAAGAAGCCUAAAACCCGUGUUUCUGAAGCUGGAACAAAAACUGAUACCCGAAAAGUAUUGCAGACAAGUGGCAGAAUUAGGCAGCCAUCUCUAGAUUUGACUGAUGAUGAUCAGACUUCCAGUUUACCUCAUUCUGCAAUAUCAGAUAUUUUAUCUUCUGAUCAAGAAACCUACAAUGGGAAGUCAGUUACAAGAAGUCAGUUUACCUCAGCAGAUGAGUUGUUACAUUCUAAAUCUAGCAAAUCCAAAUCUACUGCUCCAACACCAAGUAAAUCAGUCACUCUUCCAAGACCACGUCCAACAAGAACAUCACUUUUGCGUAGAUCUCGGUUAGGUGAGGCCUCAGAUACAGAGGUUGGGGAUGCUGAUAAAGCAUCAGUUGCUUCUGAGGUUUCAACAACAAGCUCAACAUCAAAACCACCUUCUGGUAAGAAAUCUCUCUCAAGAAUUGAUCUUCUCGCUCAACCACGUAGAACGCGACUUGGAUCUAUAUCAGCUCGUAGUGAUUCUGAAGCAACAAUUUCAAGGAGUCCAGGGUCUUCACGUGGACAAGAAUCUGUACUUCGAAGUGGCUUAAAAACCUCUUCUGGAACUGACGGUAAAGGUUUACCUAGAGCCAGAGCUAACAGCAUUUCUCGCCUAUCAGAUACUAAAACUAAAACAAUUACAUCAACUCAUAGCUCUCCUCCAGACAAUUUCCAGCUUCCUGAACCAGACCCUGAUGUUGAAUCUUGUAGUGUCAGUUCUCGGUGGAGGCGCAUUCCUCCGGAGUACGCUUCUACGUCUGAAGAUGAAUUUGGAUCUAAUCGGAACUCUCCCAAGCAUGCUCGAUUACGUACGUCUCCAGCUGUAAAGAGCCAGCGAUUACAAACCACUGGAACUACCCCUGUAAUACCACCAACAUCAGCAUCUUUGCAUGCUUUGACAUUUAAACACAGAGUAAAAGAGCAAGAAGACUAUAUACGUGACUGGACUGCUCACCGUGAAGAAAUAGCAAGGAUAAGCCAGGACUUAGCUCUCAUUGCACGGGAAAUAAAUGAUGUUGCAGGGGAAAUAGAUUCAGUGACUUCAUCUGGCACGGCACCUAGUACCACAGUAAGCACUGCAGCUACCACCCCUGGUUCAGCCAUAGACACCAGGGAAGAGGUAGGGGAUCUUCACGAAGAAGUACAUAAGCUGGUUGAUCGGGUCUUUGAUGAGAGUCUGAAUUUUAGAAAAAUUCCGCCAUCAAAUCAUGCUAGAACAGCUGAAGUGACUAACAGAACUAUUGAUGCAAAACCUCCACUGAUAGAAACUCCUCAACCUCAUCCUCAAGCAAUUACAAGGAGGAAAACAUGGAGCAGAGAUGAGGUUAUGGGUGAUAGUUUAUUGCUUUCUUCAGUAUUCCAGUUUUCUCGGAAGAUUAGGCAAGCCAUUGAUAAAACAGCUAAUAAAAUAAGGAUAUUAUUUAAAGACAAAGAACGGAACUGGGGAGAGAUUGAAAACAAAUUACGGGCAGAAAGUGAAAUUCCACUUUUAAAAACAUCUUGUGUGGAAAUAUUAUCAAUAUUGCAAGAGUUAAAACGAGUUGAAAAACAGCUGCAAGUGAUUAAUGUAAUGAUUGAUCCAGAUGGAACUUUGGAAACUCUGAGCACCUUGGGAUUUAAUAGUUCAAUGUCUUCAACUCAGCCGAAGCAAAAACAACAUAUUCAAACCCACACAACACGACCAACUGUGACAUGUCAAACUGAAACCAGAGGGGGGCGGCCAAAUAUAUCGGUUGCCUCUGAAUUUGAUCAUAUUGAAUCAGAAACUGAUUUUAGCAUACAGUUUAAUAGAUUCAAUCCUGAUGGGGAAGAAGAAGAUAGUACACUACGUGAAUAACAAUAUUGUUCAAUAUAAUUUAUUUUCAAGAACAAUUGGUAAAUGAAACAGAAAUACCUAAGGAAAACUGUCAGUGCUUUAUAGCAUAAAACUUAAUUGUAAUUUUGUAAAUUUAUUUCUAAGCACAUGAAUCUUGUGCAGCUGCUUGCAACAAAACCCCAAGGUCUUUAACUUUUUAAUAAAAAAACAUGGAGAAAGAGAACCAAACGCAUUGAUUAUGGUCUUUAGUUCUGUCUGGUUUUCCGAAAACAAGAUUAUUUCAUCUGAUCUCAGGUUCAAAGAUAAACAGUUGCAGUCUGUAGGUUAAUUACAUUCUUUUCAUUCAGUUUAAGGGAAAAAAAGAUGAAACUUCCAGACAGUUAUUUAAAAAAUGCUUUGUUGUUUAACAUAAAUAACAAGUCUUUGGUUCCAGCAUAAAGAUCCGUGUAGAACAUGUAGGUAAUUCAAUAUGCUCUGUAAAGCCCACUGAUACAUUUUAUUUGUUUAAACACAAGUUUUAUAGAACACUGUAUUUUACCAAUUAAUCUUUUAGUAUUAAAGAUUCUUAAAACUUUAAUAAUCCGUUUAACUUUUAAUCUCAUUGCAAAAAAAAAGUGCUGAAUGCUCCGUUUUAUGUUUAUGAUGCACAAUGUUUAAAAUUGUUAUAAAUUUUGACUAAUUGCAACCCAUUGUAAUACAUUAAAUAGACUUAAAGGGAUAGGAAAGUUUAAUUUUAACUUACAUGAUUCAGAUAGAACAUGUCAUUUUAAGACGCUUUUAAAUUCACUUCUAUUUUCAAAUGUGAUUUGUUCUCUUGGUAUCCCUUGUUGAAAAAGAAUAUGCCCAUAUCCUACACUAGUGGGAGCUGCUGCUAUUGGUGCCUGUACACAUUUGUCUUUUGUGAUUGGCUGGCUAGAUGUGUUCAUCUUUCUGCCAGUAGUGCAAUGCUGUUCCUCCAGCAAAGUAUAACAAGAGAACAAAGCAAAUUUGAUAGGAAGUAAAUUGCAAAGUUGUUUAAAAUUGUAUGUUCUAUCCAAAUCAUGAAAGAAAAUAUUGGGUUUCCAGUCCCUUUAACUAUAUAAUGUCUGCACUUCAUAAUAUAAAAAUAUAGUUUCUAUGUUCCUGUUAUUUUGAAAUAUGCAUAUUUCAAAUGUUCAAUAUUCUAACAAAAUUAUAAAGUGGAUUCACCCUUCGUAAAGGUUUAAUAAUAUGACAAAGGAGGUACUUUUAUAUGAGCCAUUGUAUUAAUAUAUUUUAAUGAAAUAUUCUUUUUUUUCAAUGGUUUUUGUUGCUAGUCAAACUGGCUUAAAAUACAAAUAUAAUAUACAGAUUUAAGCUAUAAUCUUUCAGCUCUUUUUUUAAUGCUGGAGGAAUACACCUUACACGAGGAGUUGGUGUAAUCUAUAGACUUAUUAUUUGUAUGAAUUUAAGUGAAAUGUUGUAGGGAUCUGAUUUAUCUUGAAACUACGUUUUCUCUAUGUAGAACUUAAACAUGGAGUGCAACUGCUUGAUAAAUUCUAAUACAACAUUUAUACUAAGCAAAUUCAUAGUACAUUAGUUUUUUAAAUAGUUUGUGUUUUAAUUUUAUAUGGUAGAACUAAAACUGUGGUUUAUUAUCUAAUUACACUGAUGUAACUUUAAUGUCAAAACACCCAUGUUGUUUACGCUUCUUAAUAAGCAAACUCUGUUUUUCUCAUCAGCUAUUCCGGUGUGUGUGUGUGUGUAUAUAUAUAUAUAUAUAUAUAUAUAUAUAUAUAUAUAUAUAUAGAUAUAUAUACAGACACACAAUAGUUAAGUUUUACAGUGUGAAUAAUAUUUCUUAACGGAAGGAAUAGAGUGGUAUAAUGCUUUUUUAUCAAUAUUUUGGAGCUUAUUUGCUGCAUAAAAAGAACAGUCACUGAUUCAAAAAUUUUUGUUUAGAUUUUGUAUGAUAUACAAAAAAUUGCGCACAUUAAGUAGCUGAUUUGAAACUAAAUGUGUUAUCAAAAUUUGAAAAAUGAAUUGUGCUCUAUUUUUUGCUUGUGUUAAAUAUAAGAUUUCACUGUAUUAUUUAACUGGACAUAAACUGGAGAAUAAUAUUUAGGAAUGUAAACUGUUAAAUGAAAUGUGAAUACUAAUCACAAAAACUAUUACGUAUAAGGCAACAGAAAAGUGGGCUGCAACUAAAUAUUAUUUUGUCAAGAUGGCUAUUGGACCCUGUAACCAUUGAUACUAUACCCUUUAUAAACAGUACCCCUGCAUAGCUUUGGCUGAAACUUUUAUUACUUUUUGUUUUUAAUUGGAAUAAAGUUCACAGUUAACACAUCAGCUCAAACCAAUUAAGUAUAGUCAUUUCAUAAAACUUUUCAUGUAUCAUUGUAUACAUGUAUACUUUUGUAAAAUAAAAAAAUCCAUUAUUCCCUCAACAAAAUAUUUGUUUUAUUUGGUUGAUAACCAUGUAUAAUGUAUUAAAUGUUUGCCUUUAUCUUGCAUUAUUCUUAUUUUGUAUGAAUAUUUUAUUCUUAUUUAUUUUUUGUUAUCUUUAUUUUCUUAUAUAUUUGCAGGUCCCAUUUUUAAAAUAAAUUGUUUAUGCAACUUUA